UACUUCUGUUGUCUUUGUGUAAAGCAGUGGAGCGCCCGAUCUCACGCUAUCACUCUUCCCUCUUCCCCGAAUCCUUUUAAAACUCUCCCCUGGGUUUCUACCCUCCCGAACCUCUCCCCUUCUACCCCACCCUCCCCCCGACAACACAUAUCAAAACACGGAUCAGAUCCCAUCUUUGUGACCAAAGACCCCCGGUUUUGACCCUUAAACUACAGCUUCUCCCAUCCGGUACUAAUUAUGGACUCCGGUGUGAUUGAAGGAGGACUCAAUGUCACCCUCACCAUUCGAUUGCUGAUGCACGGCAAGGAAGUCGGAAGCAUCAUCGGCAAGAAAGGUGAAUCUGUGAAAAAGAUGAGAGAAGAGAGCGGGGCUCGUAUUAACAUCUCAGAGGGGAACUGUCCUGAGAGGAUCAUCACUCUGGCAGGCCCCACCACCGCCAUCUUCAAAGCAUUCUCCAUGAUCAUCGAAAAGCUGGAAGAGGACAUCAGCAGCUCCAUGACGAACAGCACGGCCACCAGCAAGCCCCCGGUCACCCUACGCAUCGUGGUGCCAGCCAGCCAGUGUGGCUCCCUCAUCGGCAAGGGGGGCUGCAAGAUCAAAGAAAUAAGAGAGUCGACAGGUGCUCAGGUACAGGUGGCAGGGGACAUGCUUCCUAACUCUACAGAACGGGCCAUUACUAUCGCAGGGACGCCUCAGUCCAUUAUCGAGUGUGUCAAGCAGAUCUGUGUAGUUAUGCUCGAGGUAAGUUCUCCCCCUAAGGGGGUCACCAUCCCGUACCGACCCAAACCUUCAGGAUCCCCUGUCAUCUUUGCUGGAGGACAGGCGUACGCAGUUCAAGGACAGCAUGCCAUACCCCAGCCAGACUCUUCCUCUGCCUCUAUCUCUCCACAGCUCACCAAGCUCCACCAGCUGGCCAUGCAGCAGAGCCCCUUUCCCAUGGGCCCCAACAACACAGGGUUCCAAGAUUUAGGAGGGAUGGAUGCGUCUGCCCAGACCAGUUCCCAUGAGAUGACCAUUCCAAAUGAUUUGAUUGGCUGCAUAAUCGGUCGCCAGGGUUCUAAGAUCAAUGAGAUCCGUCAGAUGUCGGGUGCCCAGAUAAAGAUCGCCAACCCUGUGGAUGGCUCCGCAGACAGACCGGUCACCAUCACUGGUUCUGCUGCCUCCAUCAGCCUGGCAGAGUACCUCAUCAACGCCAGGCUCUCAUCUGAAGCAACAGGACUGGCGACCAACUGAUAGAACAGGCUCUGCAUAGAUGUGAUCUGCACUAACCCCCCCCCCUCCCACACACACACACCCAUUUUACCUUCUACCACUCAUCGUUCCAUCACUCAGCUCUCUCCUUUAGUGGUCAAUGCAACUAUCCAACAUAGUUUUACUUUUUUUUUUUUUUUGUCAUUUAGAAAUCACACCACCCAUUUUAAAAUAAUAAUAAUUUGUUUAUCUGCAUUCAUUUGUUUUUACGAAGAAAACAUUUUGGUUUUUAGGUCCCUUUUUGAGUCCGUGUUGAAAGUUUUUUUUAAUGAUUUAUUCUUAGAUAGUUUUAUUUUUUGGGGGGGGAAUGAAAGCUCUCCUUGUCUGUCUUUACACUGUCACAAAAGACUAGAUAGAGGAGAGUAAUCUGAAGGUUUAGACUAGACUAGAUAGAGGAGAGUAAUCUGAAGGUUUAAUUCUGUAAAAGGUACAUUUUUUUUUCUUAAAAUGAAAAGGACAAAAUAAAUAAAAGCCUCUAAAAUAAAAAUAGAUUGACUGUUUUUUUUUCCCGUGCGCAUAUUUAAACCCCUCUAGUCAUUUUAUUCAUUGAAUAUCUGCAGAAACUCACCUUGGUUUUAAUGUUUGUCACCAAAGGGGGAAACGUGGAGCUUGUGUUGUUGUCACUACUGGUGCUUUGGGUAUGAUGAAUAUCUCUAACAGUACUAGCAUUAAUGGAAAAUGCUUUAAAAAAACACGUACAAACACAUUUCACCUUAAACCUUUUUUUUGUUUCCUUUUGUCAUUCCUAUUUUUCUAUCUUCUCUUUUACCCCGUGUCAUGUUCAGGAUGUGUCCCAAAUUGCACACUAGUUCCUAUAUAGUGCACUAUUAACGUAAUGAGGGGGCCAUUUGGGAUGCCGACUAUAAUGCUUGGGUCGGAAGGUUGUUGGGGUUCUGCUCGAGGGCUAGGAAGCAGAGAGGACGAUCCUCAUUUUUCUUUAAAGAUAAUACCACAAAAGAAAAGUUGCAAUAUUUGUUUUAAAUGGAGGAAAUAUUUUUGUUUUAACUACCAAAGGGGAUCGAAUCCUGAAUAAUGACAGGCGUGUGUGUCUAAGUGUGAGGAGAGAAACUAAGAUAUAUUAUGAAUGAUCGUUAUUAAGCUGAAACUAAGACAAAGAAAAGGGUGUUUUAAAUUGGUUAACACUAGUUUCCUGCUCUUUGCUGAAGUCAGAAUUUAUUUUUUAUUAUUUGCAGGAAAUAAAUCUUUUGUGCACGUUUUUGGAAAGACUGUAGACCUGGGUGCCACCACAUUGUUAAAAUAAACUACAGAAAUAAAGAUGUGAAAUGCUCAAACUUCAAA